AUGAAGAGCCAUAUUUCUAAUUCAGCAGUGAGUUUUCUCAUAUUGCUUCUUCUUGCGACCAACUUGGUCGAAAGCUGCAAGCCUAGUGGCCGAAUAAGAGGGAAAAAGCCUCCUCCAGGGGAAUGCAACCAAGAGAAUUACUCUGAUUGCUGCAAAAAAGGCAAAUUCUACAAAACUUACAAGUGCUCACCAAAGGUGACUGGACACACAAAAGCAGUCUUGACACUCAACAGCUUUGAGAAGGGUGGAGAUGGUGGCGGCCCCUCAGAGUGCGACAACCAGUACCACUCCGACAACACCCCGGUGGUGGCUUUGUCGACCGGAUGGUUUAACAAGAUGCAAAGAUGUCUCCAGAACAUCACCUUAUAUGGUAAUGGCCGGAGUGUCAAUGCCAUGGUUGUUGAUGAGUGUGAUUCAACUGCAGGGUGUGAUGCUGAUCAUGAUUAUCAGCCCCCAUGUCCUAAUAACAUCGUUGAUGCUUCUAAAGCUGUUUGGAAGGCUUUGAAAGUGCCAAAGAGUGAUUGGGGUGAACUUGAUAUUUACUGGUCUGAAGCCUGCAAGCCGAGUGGCAAAAUAAGAGGGAGAAAUCCUCCUCCAGGUGAAUGCAAUCCAGAGUACUCGGAUUGCUGCAAAGAAGGGGAGCUCUACACCACUUACAAGUGCUCACCAAGGGUGUCUGGCCGUACAAAUGCAGUCCUUACGCUCAACAGCUUUGAGAAGGGCGGUGAUGGAGGUGCGCCCUCUGAGUGCGACGAGGAUUACCACUCAGACGACACGCCGGUCGUGGCUUUAUCGACGGGAUGGUUCAACCAUAUGCAUAGGUGCUUCCUGAAUAUUACCAUAUAUGGUAAUGGUAGGCGUGUCAAUGCCAUGGUUGUGGAUGAAUGUGACUCUACUGCAGGGUGUGAUUCUGAUCAUGGUUAUCAGCCCCCAUGUCCUAAUAACAUUGUCGAUGCAUCUAAGGCUGUUUGGAAGGCUUUGAAAGUGCCAAAGAGUGAUUGGGGUGAACUAGAUAUAUAUUGGUCCGAAGCUUGA